CCAAAUCGAUCAUAAACGCUGCCAUUUUGCCGAUCGAGGCUGCUCCACUCCCCGCCCCAAGUUCCAGAUAAGAACUCGCUCGACUCUCUCAACUCCUAUCCCCAUGGCAUCCAUAUCCCUCGUUGGAGCCGCACCGGCGACCACCGCCUCUAAGAUUCUUUUCCCCUCUACCCUCAAGCCGGUGGCCGCCCUUUCUUCUUCCUGGUCUCUACGAGGUGCCGCUCUAGCCGCCGUCGCUGCUACUUCUCGAUCGGAUCUCCCCCUCGGCCGUGGUAGCCUCCUUGUAGUCCGCGCCGCUCGCGGCAAGUUCGAGCGCAAGAAGCCCCACGUAAACAUCGGAACCAUCGGCCAUGUCGACCACGGAAAGACGACCCUUACCGCAGCGCUCACUAUGGCUCUUGCCUCCCUCGGUGGCAGCACCCCCAAGAAGUACGACGAGAUUGACGCGGCCCCGGAGGAGCGCGCCCGCGGCAUUACCAUCAACACCGCCACCGUCGAGUACGAGACCGAGAACCGCCACUACGCCCACGUCGACUGCCCUGGCCACGCCGACUACGUCAAGAACAUGAUCACUGGAGCCGCCCAAAUGGACGGCGCCAUUCUUGUCGUAUCCGGCGCUGAUGGUCCCAUGCCCCAAACAAAGGAGCAUAUUCUCCUUGCGAAGCAGGUCGGCGUUCCUAACAUGGUCGUUUUCCUCAAUAAACAGGACCAGGUCGACGACGAGGAGCUCCUCCAACUGGUCGAGCUUGAGGUACGUGAACUCCUCACGUCGUACGAGUUCCCCGGCGAUGACGUCCCCAUCGUCUCUGGCUCCGCGCUUCUUGCCUUAGAGGCCCUAAUGGCUAAUCCCAAAAUCAAGCGAGGGGAUAACGAGUGGGUCGACAAGAUCUACCAGUUAAUGGACGCUGUUGAUGACUACAUCCCCAUUCCGCAACGGCAGACGGACCUACCCUUCCUCCUCGCCGUUGAAGAUGUCUUCUCCAUCACUGGGCGUGGCACCGUCGCCACGGGACGUGUUGAGCGUGGCACCAUCAAGGUGGGCGAAACAGUCGACCUUGUUGGCCUCCGUGAGACUAGGAACACCACAGUAACUGGUGUUGAAAUGUUCCAGAAGAUCCUCGAUGAAGCUCUUGCCGGCGACAAUGUAGGCCUUCUUCUCCGUGGCAUACAGAAAGCAGAUAUUCAGCGAGGAAUGGUCCUCGCCAAGCCUGGAACCAUUACUCCUCACACUAAAUUCCUUGCCAUUGUCUAUGUGCUGAAGAAGGAGGAGGGAGGCCGACACUCACCGUUUUUCCCUGGGUAUCGGCCGCAGUUCUACAUGAGAACCACGGAUGUCACUGGGAAAGUGACUGGUAUCAUGAAUGAUAAGGAUGAGGAGUCGAAGAUGGUUAUGCCCGGAGACAGGGUGAAGAUUGUUGUGGAGCUUAUCAUGCCUGUGGCCUGUGAACAAGGAAUGAGGUUUGCCAUCAGAGAGGGUGGGAAGACGGUUGGAGCUGGUGUUAUCCAGACCAUUAUUGAGUGAUGUGGUCGUUUGUUUCAUUAACUCGGGUUUACAGGGGCUGCUGCUCGGAUUCAUGUAAGUUUAAUGAUGUUUCAGUUGAAUUAUGCAGAAUCAUGAUGCAAUAGUCCAAGAUCCACCACUGCUAUAUAUUCUUUUCGUUUUGUUUUUUCUUCUUCUUUCUUGUGGCGGUGAUGACCUUUGAAUGCUUAAAGUAAUGGAAACUCUGGAAUUGUAUUUUAUUCAUUGCUCUGGUUUUGCUGA